GAUCCAGUUGUUAUUCUCACUUCGUCGAAGGUGGCCAUUGUAUUUUACACAUGAAGAAUGAAUAAAUUCCAAAGGGAAUGUGAAAAAGCUAUCGCUUCAAUAUCGAAAGAAGACGUUUCAAAGUUCAACACAGCUAUCAAUCACGAAUGUCGAAUUAAAGUCAUAAAUAAAUAUGCCAAUUCAUUAUCUGUAAAAUUAGUGGAACCAAGAAAAGAUAUAGAAGUUGCAGAAAAAGAAAAAGUUAAGGGAAAUUGUUUUUUUGCUAAGAAAGAUUAUAAAAGUGCGAUUAAGUCAUAUAAUGCAGGUAUCGUCAGUUGCCCGCAAAAUGAUGAUUCAUCGAAGGAACUUCUAGCAAUCCUCGUGGCCAACAGAAGUGCUACCUUCUUCGAGAUGCAGGAGUAUAGGAAAGUGUUGAAUGAUAUAGACUACAUAUUGGAAAUUGACAGAUAUCCCAAACAUCUUCUAUACAAAAUCUGGUUGAGAAAAGCUAAGUGUUACGAUGCCCUUCAGAAUAAAAAAUCAGCAAACGAGGUUUAUCAGCAAGCGUUGGAUUGUUUGAAAUACAGUAAAUUGGAUUCGGAAAAAAUUUCAUUAAAGAUCAAGGAAAUACAAAAGAGUAGAACAGAAUCAGAAUAUAAAUUAAUCCCCAAAGAGAUUGUGGCUGUUUGCGACGAACCUUUUUUUCCUAAUGAAACGUAUGUUGCAGCUUACAAUGGAAUCUGUUUCGAUCAGGAUGAUAUACAAGGGAAAUUUGCAAGAGCAGCGAAAGAUAUACCAUCAGGUCAGAUUAUAAUUGAAGAAAAUCCUCAUGGUAGCGUUUUAUCGCCAGAAAAUUAUCUAACUAACUGUCAACAUUGCUUAAUUUCUACUGAUCAAAUUUACGCAUGUCCAAAUUGCCCGUCUGUGAUUUUCUGCAGUAGUAAUUGUGAGCGUUUAGCCAACGAAACUUAUCACAAAUAUGAAUGUGCCUUUCAAAAUACCCUAAUUCAAUCCGGGGCAUCCAUAAAUUGUUUAUUGGCGGUAAGAAUCAUAACACAAAAGAGUUUGAAAUUCUUCACCGAAACAAGACUGAAAUUGAAAAAAUUCCUCACAGAUAAUUGUGUUGAAACAUUCCUUGUGGACCCUUACAAAUCAGAAAACUACGAAACAGCAUUCUUUCUAUGUAGAAACGAAUCUUCAAGAACUAAAAAGGAAUUAUUGCAUUAUACAAUAAUGUCAAUUUAUUUAUUGAAAUUACUACACAGCAGUGACUUCUUUGGUGAGAUAAUUGAAAAUACUGACGCAUUAUCAGAAGAUGACACUUUUAUAGUAUCACUUAUGAUUAGGCACUUGGAAUUGCUACAAUUCAAUUGCCAUGAAAUUGCUGAGCUCAGAAAUACAAUUGGUGGUGAGGACGGUGUAGGAAAUUCAUACGAAUUGCAGUGUAUUGGGGCGGGUCUUUACCCUACUGCAGCCCUUUUCAACCAUUCUUGUGACCCCAGCAUCAUCAGGUAUAAUUCGAAAAACAAACUGAUUGUGAGAACUAUAAAGCCUAUAAAAAAGGGAGAUAUCAUUUAUGAAAAUUAUGGACCCAUUUACACGACAAUGAAAAGAGAAUUUCGUCAGCAGUUUCUCAGGAAACGAUAUUGGUUUGAUUGUGUAUGUUUGCCUUGUGUAGAAUACUGGCCUCGUUUAGAUGAAAUGAACGAACAAGACAUGAGAAUUGAAUGCAAAAGCUGUUUUAAUGUCAUAGUCAUGAAUAAAGUGACCAUAGAACCGUUUUUAGUCUGCGAUUGGUGUGGAAAAAGAGAAAACCUUUUUCCCAUUCUCAAAAAUUUGAUGGUCCUAGAAGAGAUUCUACCAAAUGCUGAAGAAUUUUAUCUGAACGGUCAGUUUAGGGAAGCGAUCAGUUUAUUUUUACAAGCACUCAAAAUUCUUUAUGAUAACUUAAAACCUCCAUGUCCUGAUAUGAUUAAAAUCCAACAAAGAUUGAGGACUUGUUUUGUACACUACGGAAACAGAAUGGUGGGAUAUGAAGUGAAACAAUAGCAUGUGGUUUGUGAAUACUGAAUUGAAUAAGGGGAAACCCAAAUCUUUGUUUUAUACACGUAUCUGUUAUUGUC